UCUGCCCUGGGACUGUCGCUCACCUUACACCCAGCCCAUGCACCGUCGCCAUUUCCCUUCUCCAAUAUCGCGUGGAUUAUCAACGUCACAUCACUAACCCACCAUGUUUUCUGUUGGGAAAUUGAUCUCGGCGACGACAUCUGCCCGUCAGCAUGCGGGCAGGACGCUGAUGAGGACGUCCCAGUAUUCGGUGGCGGCCAUUCCAGCACCACAAAAGAAUCCAGAUAUCCAGCAUCAUAAGCUCUUCAUCAACAAUGAGUGGGUGAACUCGGUUAGUGGUAAGACGUUCCCUACCAUCAACCCGGCAACAGAAGAGGUCAUCGCAGAGGUCGCAGAGGCUGAUAAGGCUGACGUUGAACUUGCACAUGCUGCGGCCAGCGAAGCCUUCCGCCUGGGUUCCCCUUGGCGUACAACCAACGCGUCCCGAAGGGGUGCACUGAUCAACAAAUUGGCUGAUUUGGUCGAACGAGACUGGGCACAUCUUGCCAGCCUCGAAACGCUGGACAAUGGAAAACCAUACCAAGAUUCUUACACCAUUGAUGUACCAGGGGUAUUAGCAACACUCAGAUACUUUGCAGGAUGGGCGGACAAGAUCGAAGGCAAAACGAUCCCCGUAGACGGAGACUUCAUGACAUAUACGAGGCACGAGCCAGUCGGGGUCUGCGGACAAAUCAUCCCGUGGAACUUUCCUCUUCUGAUGUUGGCAUGGAAAUGGGCCCCUGCUCUGGCGUGUGGAAAUACCAUCAUAAUGAAGACGGCCGAACAGACUCCCCUCACUGCUCUCCAUAUGGCUGAACUCGCCAAAGAGGCCGGCUUUCCACCAGGUGUGAUCAACGUCUUAUCAGGAUAUGGACCCACGGCGGGUGCAGCCAUCGCCAGUCAUCCAGGCAUUGACAAGGUCGCGUUCACUGGAUCUACAGAGAUCGGAAGAAUUAUCGCGCAGUCAGCAGGCGCUUCAAACCUCAAGAAAGUGACCCUUGAACUUGGCGGGAAAAGCCCAAAUAUCAUCUUGGCCGAUGCUGAUCUUGAUCAUGCGGUGGAGCAGAGCCAUUCCGCCAUUUUCUGGAACAUGGGCCAGGCCUGCUGCGCCGGAUCCAGGACCUUCGUUGAGGACAAGAUCUACGAUGAGUUCGUGGAACGCAGCGUAGAACGUGCUAAGUCCAAGGUGGUCGGUGAUCCAUUCGAUAUGUCCAAGGACCAGGGACCUCAGAUCAACGACGAGCAAUUCAAGAAGAUUUUGGGUUUGAUCGAAAGCGGGAAGUCAGAUGGAGCCAAAUUGGCAACAGGAGGCGGUCGUCAUGGUGAUAAGGGAUACUACAUCCAACCAACGGUGUUCACAGACGUCAAGGAUGACAUGAAGAUCGCCAGGGAGGAGAUCUUUGGACCGGUGCAGAGCAUCUUCAAGUUCAGCGAAAUGAACGAGGUGAUCAACCGAGCAAACAACACAGAGUACGGUCUGGCAGCUGCAGUUUUCACCAAGGACAUCGACAAGGCCCUCUACGUCUCGAAUUCGCUCAGGGCGGGAACCGUCUGGAUCAAUUGCUACAACGUGGUUAGCCCCAUGGCUCCAUUCGGAGGAUACAAGAUGUCAGGCACAGGUCGUGAACUUGGAGAGUACGGUCUGGAGGCAUACACUGAAGUCAAAACUGUGACUGUGAAGAUCCCUCAGAAGAACAGUUAAAUUGUUUCAACACAGAGAAAUAGACAGAGAGAGAGAGAGAAAGAGAGGGGAGAGAGAGAGAGAGAGAGAGAGAGAGAGAGAGAGAGAGGGAGAGAUUUAAGGGUGUGAUUUGAUAUAAUUGGACAAUAAACUGAAAUCUAACAAUAAACUGAAUUGGACGGUAGAUAACGGUACAAUUAAAUCUUGGUGUAUGUGUGUGUGUGUGUCAGAAUGAGAGAAGGAAAGAGAGAGAGAGAGAGAAUAAUAAAAAGGGCGUAAUUUGUUUAAAUCUGACAACAAUCUUCAUUAGAGGGUAGAUAAUGGUACAAUGAAGAUCGUGACCAAAUAGAGAAUUGAUAAUAUUGGUUACCUUGAGCAUAAUGUGUGAGAGAGUAAUAGAAAUAUAAUAUCAUUUUUUCUAGUAGAGCUACUGACAAGACAGCUUAAUAAUUGGGAUGGGCGCAUUUUAAAAUUACAAUUUCAUUUUUUAUGACUUGAACUAUAAUCGCAUAUCAUUUUGAGAAUAAUCUUAAACAUUUUGUUUGUAAUAUAUAUUAUAAUUCACCGAUUGUUUUCUGAUUGGUAGAUCAAGUGUCCAUGUUUUUUGUUUUAUCAUUCACGUGAUGUAGAUCAUAGCUUAUCGAAUUAUGUCAAACACUUUUAUAAGCUUUCUCUUCACUGUAUUAGCUAAAGCGUAUAUCUACUAAUAAUUGUACCAUAAUUGCAUUUGUGUCUCAAUUGGUACUUUUGUACAUAUCUUGAUCAUAUUUUCGAGCGGUGUGUAUCGUUAAAUUAGGAACAAGUGAUGAACGUUUAAGCCUUUAGCGAUUUAUAAGGCCCUAUGUUAUAAGGAGAAGUGGAAAGAAAUAUCUGAUUAUAAUUGUGAUGUCUAGGCUAAAGAAAAACUUCAGACAGGAAUCACAACUGAAAACACACAUUGUAAGACUGCAUACCAGAUACCCUAAGAAAGAACUAAAUUAUUCUGCAACCUGAUAUCAAAUACUGAUUCCGUCUAAAUUGAAAAGAAGCAAAUAAGAGUUAUUUAAACAGAGUUAAGCGUUGACAAAAAAGAAAUGUUUUCAGGUGUGAUUUGAAUUUGGUAAGGGAGCAUUCCUGCCCAAGGCUAAGAGGGAGUGAGUUCCAAUAGUAUUGAUUUUCAUGAUAUGUUUUAUAAUCGUCAUGUAAUAAAAUAUAUGUUUUAUUCAAUAAAAA